GGAGUUAUAAAUGUUUCAUCCACUUAUGAUAGUAGAACUCAAGAGGUAGAAGGUUCUUUAGCUGCAAGGAGAUCAUGGAGAGUAGAGGCAUCUCAUGGCAGUUCUACAUCAGGAAAUGAAAAUUCAUCUCUUUUCCUUGUUCAACUUGGACCUCUUCUCCUUGUUCGUGAUUCAACCCUCCUUUUGCCUGUCCACCUGUCCAAGCAACACUUGCUUUGGUAUGGCUAUGACAGAAAGAAUGGAAUGCAUUCUCUUUGCCCAGCAGUGUGGUCAAAACACAGAAGGUGGCUGUUGAUGUCCAUGCUAUGCCUCAAUCCCUUAGCUUGUUCAUUUGUGGAUCUUCAAUUUCCUAAUGGACAGUUGACCUAUGUGUCUGGAGAGGGUCUAAAUACUAGUGCUUUCCUUCCUUUUUGUGGGGGUCUUCUACAAGCUCAUGGUCAAUAUCCAGGAGAAAUGAGAUUCAGCUUUUCAUGCAAGAACAAGUGGGGAACAAGAAUCACACCAAUGGUACAAUGGCCUGACAAGUCAUUUUCCUUUGCUGUUGCUCAGGCCUUGGCCUGGCAGAGAUCUGGUCUCAUGGUGAGACCAACUAUUCAAUUCAGUGUCUGUCCCACCUUUGGUGGAAGCAAUCCUGGGCUGCGGGCUGAACUCAUUCAUUCAAUCAAGGAGAAACUGAAUUUAAUCUUUGGAUGUGCCUUCAUGACAUAUCCUUCUGCCUUUGCGUCAAUAUCCAUUGGAAGAUCGAAGUGGAAUGGAAAUGUAGGAAGCUCGGGUCUGGUUCUGAGAGUCGAUGCUCCUCUCUCCAAUGUCGGGCGACCUUCUUUCUCUGUUCAGAUAAAUAGUGGCAUUGAAUUUUAAAGGCCUCCAUAUUUUCUUAGAUAAGUGUAUAUAGGUUUAGUCAACAGCUACUUGCAAGGUCUUUUUUGUUGGGAGCUGCCAAUAGCAAGUAUACCGUGUUCAUGUGAAUAGAAAAAUCUUGACCCGAAAAUCGAGACCUUAAAUUGAUAUCACUAUGAAAAUCGUGUCUUGGGUGCGUGGUGUACUUACUAAUAAAGUUCCCUCUUGUCAAGCAGCAACUUGAGUUUCAUACAUUGUUGUUAAUUGUUUCUUACUCCUCCUUAGCCUUGUAAUCGAAGGUUUGCGAAUAGAAAGAUCUAUUGGUCGCAUUUUAGGUCA